CGCUCGCCGGCGCGAGUCGCGCUCUUCAUCGCCUCGCCCUCGGGCGUGUUCCUCUCCGUCACCACCGCGGCGUCAUGGCGUCCGCCGCCGCGUCGAAGGCGUCGUUCCUCGGCGGCGUCGAGCCGUCCCCGCCGGACCCGAUCCUCGGCGUCUCCGUCGCGUUCCGCGCGUGCGACGAUCCGAACAAGCUCAACCUCGGCGUGGGCGCGUACAGGACCGAGGAGCUUCAGCCGUACGUCCUCGAGGUCGUCCGCGAGGCGGAGCGACGGAUGAUCGCGGCCGGGCACGACAAGGAGUACCUCCCGAUGCAAGGGCUCGCGGAGUUUUGCGGCGCGACCGCGGAGCUUCUGCUCGGGAAGGGACACCCCGCGAUCGCGGAGAAGCGCGUGGCGACGAUACAGUCGCUCUCGGGCACGGGAUCGCUGCGCGUCGGCGCGGCGUUCAUCGCGAAGUUUCUCCCGGGGAAGGCGGUCUACCUCCCGUCGCCGACGUGGGGGAACCACAAGAACAUCCUCGCGGACAGCGGCGUGGAGUGGCGCGAGUACGCGUACUACGACGCGAGCACCGUCGGCUUGGACCUCGCCGGAUUCUUAAAGUCCAUCGACGACGCGCAGGAGGGGUCCAUCUUCAUGCUGCACGGGUGCGCGCACAACCCGACGGGCGUGGACCCGACGCUCGCGGAGUGGCGUCAGAUCGCGGACGCGAUGCAGAAGAAGAAUCACGUCGCGUUCUUCGACGUCGCGUACCAGGGGUUCGCGUCCGGGUCGCUCGUCGAGGACGCCGCCGCGCCGAGGCUCUUCGCGGAGAUGGGGAUGGAGUUUUUCUGCGCGCAGUCGUACAGCAAGAACCUGGGGCUGUACGCCGAGCGCAUCGGCGCGCUCAACGCGGUGUUGAACGACGCGACCGCCGCGACGAAUACGCUGUCGCAGAUGAACAGGAUCGCGCGGGCGAUGUACAGCAACCCGCCCGUGCACGGCGCGCGGAUCGCGGCGACGGUGAUCAACGACCCGGAGUUGUUUCAGGCGCGUUCUCGGUGGAACGACGAGAUGGGCACGAUGGCUGGCCGCAUCAAGACGGUUCGCAGGGAGCUGUUCGAGGAGCUGACGCGAUUGAACCCGGACAAGGACUGGAGCUUCGUGACGCGGCAGAUUGGGAUGUUUUCCUUCACCGGUCUGUCCCCGGCGCAGGUUGAACGCAUGACGGGUACGCACAAGAUUUUCAUGACCAAGGACGGGCGGAUAUCUCUCGCGGGGUUAUCCUCCGCGAAGGUCAAGUACCUCGCGAACGCGAUCGACGAUUCGUUUAGAAACGCAUGAGGUUGGAGCGUUGGUUCGUUUUUGGAGGGGAGGAAGGAGCGUUCUUUUUCUUUUACUUAGUGGUGAUGCAUCGUGCUCAUCGAGAAGGAAGGCGUCGACGUCGCGUCGUCGGGUGGUUGAAUAAUUGUGCGUUGAAAAAUGUAAUCAGUUCGCGG